AUGCUCUAUCGUUCCUCGAACUCUGACACCGCCUCCGGUGGCUAUAUAUGGGCGCGCUUUGUGGCCGACUCUGCUGGUGUCAAUCUGUACAAUUACGCAGUCAGUGGUGCGGUAUGCUCAAAUGAGAUUACACCUCGAACCUUUUCCGCCAUCAAUGCGCCUUUCCCCUCGGUUUUGGAGUACGAGGUUCCUGCAUAUAUAGCCGAUAGCAGGUACAUCACUCGAUCCGGACGCCGAUUUCUAGAUAUCCCACCUCUUGAGACGGUGUACUCGAUAUGGAUCGGCACAAAUGAUCUAGGGUAUGACGCAUUUAUCACCGACUCGCAGGUGGCGAACAAGACGAUCCCAGACUACAUUGAUUGCGUUUAUUCAUCCUUGGAUAAAGUGUAUGAAAAUGGUGGUCGGUUUUUUGUUCUUAUGAACGUCGCACCAUUGCAGCUGGUCCCAUUAUAUGCGACUCCAGAACACCAUGGCGUUGGACCAAACCAAUACUGGCCCGAUAAACCCAGCAAUUUGACAGAGAUCAGUUAUCGGAUGUGGGAACAGGUUGCCACCGUCAACAAUGUAUUCAAAUAUCAAACACCCUUCGAACUCCUCAUCAAAAACCGAUAUCCGGGUGCUAGAUUUGCUGUGAUGGAUAUGAAUGGCUUAUUAACUGAUAUCUACAACAACCCAGAAUCCUACUCGACUGGGAGCGCCCCUCUAAAUGUCACUGGAUAUGAUAAUCACUGUAACCUCAGUGGAGCUGAUUGCACAAGACUGCCCUCUUCCAAUUCCUUCAUGUGGUUUGAUGAACUUCAUCCGUCACAGCGGACCGACCAAAUCAUAGCCAAGAAUUUUAUAGAUGUUGUGAAAGGGAGAAGUGAGUGGGCAACUUAUUGGUAA